UAGAAUUUAUAAAGUUUGAGCCUACAAGCCUGGCCAGCCAUUUCUCUCCGGAGCCUUCUUCUGAACAGAAAGUGAAGCCAAACCAGCCAGCACCAUGACUCAAAAAGACGUAGAUUUAGAAAACAGGGAUCCUAAUGGACUUAACGCACAUAUUCAGGUUAUGUUCGAGGAUGUGCUGGCAGAGCCCGAGGGGGUAAAGUCCAUCGACUGUGUGUGGAGUAAUGCGUACGGCUGCUUCGAAUGCGGUAAGCAUCUGUGCUACAAGAUCUUCACUCUACUGUGUGGCAUCUGUCUGGGCCUGUGCUGGGGUUGCACGUUCGCGGAGGUGGCAUUCCAGCACGUCUGGUACUUCACUCCCUGCCUCCGGAUGUACAGCAUCCAGUGUGGUUUCUGCCAAAAGAUCUACGCCAUGUGCCUCAACUGCUGCUGUGAACCUCUCUUCAAACUGUUCGGGGACUGUGUCGGUCGAAUUAAGAGCGGUUAAUAUAGGAGUGUACCAUUGGUCCAGGCUGGUGUCGGUGGCGACUGUUGGUUUUGAAAAAGACGCGGGAGUAUUACUUCAUUUAAUCUCAAAGACGCCUGUGAUAUUAAACAUUUUAGGUCUAUGUCCAUAAAGAUAUGAUUGCUGUUAGAAAAUAAGUUUAUGUAAACAACUGUUAAUAUGAUGACAAUGAAUUGAAUGCUUUUUUCCACCAGCUAGUAUGACUUAUUAUUCUUGUUAAUCUUUUCUCAAAUAAAUUAUUAAUUUUC